AUGGGCCUGGCCAGGGCCCUGCGCCGCCUGAGCGGCGCCCUGGAGUCGGCAAACAAUCGAGCGGGAGAUGAGGAGCAGGCCGGGCCGGAGCUGUGCCGCAACGGGUGGGCGCCAGCGCAGUCGCCAGUGGGGAGGCGCCGUGGGCGCUUCGUCAAGAAGGACGGGCACUGCAACGUGCGCUUCGUGAACCUGGGCGGCCACGGCGCGCGCUACCUGAGCGACCUGUUCACCACGUGCGUGGACGUGCGCUGGCGCUGGAUGUGCCUGCUCUUCUCCUGCUCCUUCCUCGCCUCCUGGCUGCUCUUCGGCCUGGCCUUCUGGCUCAUCGCCUCCCUGCACGGCGACCUGGCUGCCCCGCCGCCAACCGCCCCUUGCUUCUCGCAGGUGGCUAGCUUCCUGGCCGCCUUCCUCUUCGCGCUGGAGACGCAGACGUCCAUUGGCUACGGCGUGCGCAGCGUCACCGAGGAGUGUCCGGCCGCCGUGGCCGCUGUGGUGCUGCAGUGCAUCGCCGGCUGCGUGCUGGACGCCUUUGUCGUGGGCGCCGUCAUGGCCAAGAUGGCCAAGCCCAAGAAGCGCAACGAGACGCUUAUCUUCAGCGAGAACGCCGUCGUGGCGCUGCGCGACCGCCGCCUCUGCCUCAUGUGGCGCGUCGGCAACCUGCGCCGCAGCCACCUCGUCGAGGCCCACGUGCGGGCCCAGCUGCUGCAGCCUCGCGUGACCCCGGAGGGUGAGUACAUACCGCUGGACCACCAGGAUGUGGACGUGGGCUUUGAUGGUGGCACCGAUCGCAUCUUCCUUGUGUCUCCCAUCACCAUCGUGCAUGAGAUCGACUCCGCCAGUCCUCUGUAUGAACUAGGACGCGCCGAGCUGGCCCGGGCUGACUUUGAGCUGGUGGUCAUUCUCGAGGGCAUGGUCGAGGCCACAGCUAUGACCACACAGUGUCGCUCUUCCUACCUCCCUGGUGAGCUGCUCUGGGGACAUCGUUUUGAGCCGGUCCUCUUCCAGCGUGGCUCCCAGUACGAGGUUGACUAUCACCACUUCCAUCGCACUUACGAGGUCCCAGGGACACCCGUCUGCAGCGCCAAGGACCUGGACGAACGGGCAGAGCGUGCUUCCCACAGCCCCAAGUCUGGCUUCCCUGGCUCUCUGACAGCAUUUUGCUAUGAGAAUGAACUUGCUCUCAGUUGCUGCCAGGAGGAAGAGGAGGAAGACGAGGAAGAGGAGGGGGAUGCAGCAGAGGCAGAAGACAGGGCUGCCAGCCCCCGAGUACUCACACCAACCCUGGCGCUGACCUUGCCCCCAUGA